AUGGAUGUUUCCAAACUCAUCAUCCUCGUUGAGAAGUAUCAAGAGCUGUAUGAUAUGCGGCAUCCGCACUACUUUAAUUCUGUGCGAAAAGAGAACAUUUGGGAAGAGAUCGGAGCAUCUCUAAACGAGUCAGGUGCUGAAUGCAAAGAAAGGUGGGCAAAAAUUAGAGACGGUCACAGGAAGGCUCUUCAACGCCGAAAAACAAAAAGUGGCCAAGGAGCAAAGAAUAUGAAACCACCAAAAUAUGAGCAAGAACUAAAAUUCCUCAUACCUUACAUUUCAGAUAGUGACAAUCGUCAAUCAAACUUUGCCCCCAAUAAUCAAAAUGAGGAAGAAGGUGUCGAAACUGGAGAAGAGGAGUGUAAUUUAGUAGAGCGUGAAAGUCCAUUGGUCCUGGGAUCGCCGCACCUGUCACCGACGCACUCAUCAAACCAAGCUGCAGAUGAUUUUCAAGACUCAUCAGCACUUUCUUCACCAGCACCACCUUAUUUAAACAAGUCAAACAAGCAUCCCCAGAAAAGAAACAGGUCAGGGACACCAGUACGCGAAAAAACAGCAGCCAGUGUUCUACAAGAAUUCUUGUCAUCUAAACAAACAGCUGCGCAAGCGCCUCCACAGUGCAGCCCGUUGGAAUCAUUUUUCAUUUCAAUCGCAAACACUGUCAAAGGGUUUCCUAUACGUGACCAAAUAGAAAUCAAGAAAAAGAUUUUCCAACUAGUCUCAGACAAGGAAAUGGAUAUUGCCCUCAGAAUGAGUGAUGAGGCGCCAAAAUCGGGAACACCACAACACCAAACACCACAACACCAAACAACACAACACCAAACAUUAGUGCAGAAGACUGGCCAAUUUCCCACAGCUCUCUCCGUAGUUAACGAAGAUCCCAACACAUUAAAGAAUUAUUAUUCAUGGGGAUGGCAAGACUUCCAGAAGUAA